GUGUUGGGGGCUAGGCGCUGAGGAAAAGGCUUCGCGCGAAGUCCGCGCGGGUGUUCCCGGCACGGCCUUGAGCCCGUCCUGACACGGCCUUGACGUUUGUGGCGAACGGUGUGAUUUGCGACACUCAGCCCAGCAUUCAUGUCGAUUAAAUCUGUAACGUGUUCUUGGAAAUGAAAGAUUUCUUAAUGAACUUCUCUGUCUGGUUUUUGUUUUUGGGGUUUUUUUUCCCUUGUGUUGGCUUACAUGAUUGUAGCCUGAAAUAUCAUGACAGUGUGGUUCAAGUCUCAUGAAGUGCAAUUAAGUUAAUAAACAUCUAAAUGUUAAAAAAAAAAAAAGUGGGAUCAAUGUGAAGAUUUCUAGUAGUCCUUGAUUUUUACAGCUUAUCUUGAAGAAUCCACAUCCAGGAGAAACUGAAUUAAGUUAGGUUUUCCUGUGCUGUGGAGGUUUUGAGAAGGACUGAGACGUUUAUAAUGACUGUACAAGGAACUCCUGAGUACUAUAGGACGUUAGAGGUCUACCAGAUUGUGAUUGGCAUGGAGACGACAUGUAUAUAUUGCCUCUUCGCCGUCUUGUGAUAGAAAAGAACUAAGUGAUAUCAAACGUUGCUCAGAGGAGCUAAACCUGAAACAACAUUAGAUGGUUCUUCCGUCAGUAGGUAAUAAACUUGUGGAAUUCCCUGUCAAAGGAAUGUUACAGAGGCCAAAAAUUUCAAGCAGACUGGGCAAGCACUGGAAGAAAGAUCAGUUAAGGGUUACUUACAGGCAAACCACACCGGGUUAAGGAGAUCCCCCAGACCAGAAAUAAUUGGAAACAGAAAGCUCUUGGCAGCGGUGCAGCACAUACUUGCUCUACUUUUAACCUUGUGGCAUUUCUUUAUGCCCAUUGUUGGAGGCAGUAGACUAAUCAAACCCGUACUCUGAACAGCUCUGGUGAUUCCUAUAUGCCCGCUCAUGUUUCAUAGAUAACCAAUAAGGAAUUAUCCAGCAUGUCUUCUUCACUAACAGAAAAGGACAGACCUAUCGUUCAGCUGUUAUUGAACACUGGUACUUGCCCACGAUGUGUUUUCAGGUUCUGCUGCGUGGGAUCACAGACACCUUAUAAGCGUCCAUACGAGGAUUUGAUGAAGGAGUUGAAAGAGUUUCUGAAAAAUAAUCCAGAAAAGCAGGAUGCAGUUUGUUCUGAAGUAGCUGAUCCACCCUAUAAGAGAAUCAAACUGGAAAACACUGAAGAGGGCCCUGAUGAUCUGAACCGGAAUGGAGUGCUCAAGCAGAUUCCUUUGGUUUAUGAAGAAAAUACUGCUUUGGAGAGCUCAGCUGUGAAGGUUUGCAAUGUGUGUUUGGGAAUUCUUCAGGAGUUCUGUGAGGUGGACUUUGUUAAAAAGGUGUGCCAAAAGGUUAAUUCUGCUGACUACCAGUUUACUAGUUUUGUAUUUUCUGUUUCCCUACCCCCACAGCUAUCUGUUAGAGAGCGUGCUGCUUGGCUGCUGGUAAAACAGGAAAUGGGAAAACUGGGCCUUUCCUUGGCAAAGGAUGACAUUGUUCAGCUGAAGGAAGCUUAUAAGUGGAUAAAGUAUCCUCUCUAUGCUUAUUUAACAAACUAUUACCUUCCUUUUUUAAUUUAGAGUUUGUUUGAAGUUAGCGUGGUCUUUGCUCACCCAGAAACAGAUGAGGAGUGCCAUUUCCUAGCCACAGCCUGUCCGGAUUGUUUCAAACCAGCGAAGAACAAGCAGUCUGUUUUCACUAGAAUGGCAGUUAUAAAAGCCCUGGAGAAGAUAAAAGAAGAGGAUUUUUGCAAGCAUUUUCCAUGUCCCCCAAGUUCACCAAAGAACUUCUGUGUUGCUCUGGAAAUUCAGUGCAAUAAUGGUGCAGUUUUUGUGGCUGGAAGAUACAAUAAAUAUUCAAGGAAUUUACCGCAAACUCCCUGGAUUAUUGAUGGGGAGCGGAAGCUGGAAUCUUCAGUAGAAGAACUGAUUUCAGAGCAUCUAAUGGCAGAAUUCAAAGCAGAUAGCUUUAAUUUUUCUUCCUCUGGAAGAGAAGACGUGGAUGUAAGAACACUAGGCAACGGAAGGCCCUUUGCAAUUGAGCUUGUGAAUCCUCGUAGAAUACAUUUUACUGCUGAGCAAAUGAAGGGACUUCAGCAGACAAUUAAUAACUCUUCAGACAAAAUACAGGUUCGAGAUUUACAGCUUGUCACCAGAGAGGCAAUUGGACAUAUGAAGGAAGGUGAAGAGGAAAAGACAAAGACCUAUAGCGCCUUAAUAUGGACCGACAAAGCAAUACAGAAAGAAGACAUUGCAUUUCUAGACGAUCUCAAGGAAUUAAAACUUGACCAGAAAACACCUCUCCGGGUUCUUCACAGAAGGCCUCUAGCUGUAAGGCGUCGGAUCAUUCACACCAUGAAAUCUGAGUACAUAGACGAGCAUCAUUUUCGCCUGUAUCUGAAAACUCAAGCAGGAACCUACAUUAAAGAAUUUGUGCAUGGAGAUUUUGGAAGAACAAAGCCAAAUAUUGGCUCAUUACUGAACAGAACUGCCGACAUUCUGGAGUUGGAUGUAGAAUCUGUUGAUGUUGACUGGCCUCCAGCCCUGGAUAAUUAGCUUUUCAAGUUGGGAUGAGGAAAAGCCGCUCCUCUGUCAGCAGCUGGUUACUGAUUGAGCUUUGUACAGCAUUACAGCUUGGUUCUUCACUGCAAAGUCUUUUUGUUGAACAUUUGGAUCAUGUUGAUCUGCUAAAAGAUGCUGUUACUUUGAAUUGACUUUCAGCACUGUGGAACAGGUAGUGUUUGUUCAUUUAAUCUCUAGCCUUAUUUUAGUUUCUAGCUUUCAUAAAAAAAAAUUGGUAAGCUAGUGUACUGAUAGUAAAUCUUUUAAAAACAAUUACUUAAGAGAAACAUAAAUGGUGUAACAUGCAAACAAGUUACUGAGCAAGGCACAUCAAAUAUGCUUUCUGCAAUACUGCAUGAAAAUGUUUAAAUUUAAAGUAACCCUCCCUCAGACCAGAUUUGUUUUUAACUAUUUUUUUUAUUGGAUGCUGUAGCUUUCUUGUCUGGGUAAAGGUGCCACAGAAUUGUCUGAAGCCCAGUCCUAACUUUUUCUGAGCACUGUUCAUGCAUGACUAUUGGAGAUCAGACGCCCAGAAGUCAGGGAGACUCUGAAAACAGUGGGAUAGCUCCUCAAAUGAGGUGACACUCUGCUGUGUGCUGACUGCUUUUUGGUCAAUGUCUGUUUUAGAGAUGUGCAGAACUGUCUCUCAGAGAAAGUAAUCUUCAGAGGGAAAAACAGUUUUCAGAUGAAAACUUUGCACUGAAAACAGUUUUCUUCUCGUUUAAAAAUCAGUGAUGCUUCCGAGGAACUACAGUGGAGGUACUUCAGGUCUGUAGUCUAAUGGCUGUCUGGCUUGAUUACAGUCCUCUUCACGCAUAGGAUUUCCCCACUGUUGAGUCACCACAUGUAAAAAGAUUGGGUAUUCCUGGAAAUGGUACAUGAUGGAAAUCCAGAGAAGAGGGAUACAGAGAACCCAAAAGUGCAAGUAGAUAUAAAAAUGUAAUGUAAAAUGCUGGUAUUGAGAGAUGAAGACAGAGGCAAAAAGCUUUAGUUUGUAGCAUGGUUGUAGCAUUAAAAAAUAUUUUCUAGUACCUAGGGUUUAGAUGGAUGCCUGGACUAGUUAAACUUUGCCUAGCAAACUUGCCUGCAAUAGGGAAGACCUGAGUUUCUUUCCUUGCUCCUGUGAAUAUUUUAAAUGUUUUAUACAAAGCAGGGCAGUCUCCACGGGAGAGUCCAAAAGCCCCAUCUCAGAGCCCUUAAGAUCGUGCUGGUUACAGGCUGGCUCCGGAGCGCUGCAACGGCGGGGGGAAGCUCCAGUCGCCUCAGGAAGGAAAGAAUUGAGCUGAGUGCCCUAAAUAUUAGCUGAUGAGGGGAAAGGGGACCAUCCUCUUCCUGCUCAGGGCACGUUUACCUGCAUAGCUAUCACACGGAGGAGCAUGACUCUAACUCAUUAAUCUAGCAGGAGCUGGGCUAUGAGAUUGGCCCCCUGGCCUGCUUUUUGGCCAGGCCCUCCACUUACUUACAUCUUCAGGAAAAGCCACUUUUAUGCCUGUAUCCUGUUGCAAAGGCACACAAGGAAUUAAAACAUAUCUAUUUUACGUGAUUAAAAACAAGAAGAAAUAUAAGGUAACAAAAUACAACCCAUUGUUAAUGGCUACUGUGCAAACGCAUUAGGCAGAUGCUUCGGGUCACUUGACAUACCGAAGAGCGUUACACUGUCCACAAGAAACUAUGGUUUGGAAUUUAAGUGCUCUUAACAAACAGUUCAGAAACAAUAAAGGCAAUAGUUUCCAAAACAAACCACUGUCUGGGGACAGGAAGGAUCACUGAGCUGCAUUACUUGCAAUUCAGUG